ACCUACAUGCUCACAGUGCAGACAGGUGAGACCUGAUCUGUUUCCGUCCCUGUACACGAGCCAAUCACAGUCCAGACCCUUGUGGUUCCUGGAUUGUGGGAGGAGCUGCCAGAUGAUGUCACACGUCACCCUCUGAAAACUCAUGUCUUCACCCCCCUGCACCUGUUUGACUCCCCAGUACCUGUCUGAUCCCCCGUACCUGUCUCACCUCCUCCACCUCAUCCCGGAACCACGGGUCUGCCCCCCCCCCGACUGCUCAGACUCUGAAGGGGAGGGAGGAGGAGGAGGAGGAGUGACGGUCGGUGCAGCGGCACCGUCAGUUGCUCAGUGAACAGACGGUGACUUCAUCGAACAGAGACGAUCUGUCAGACGAUGAGGAAGAUGAUGAAGACGAUGAAGAUGAUGAAGACGAUGAAGACGAUGAAGACCAUGAAGAUGAUGAAGACGAUGAAGAUGAUGAAGACGAUGAAGACGAUGAAGAUGAUGAAGACGAUGAAGACGACGCUGCUUCUUCAGAUCAGCGGUCACGUGAUUUCUCGUGGAGGACGGCUGGUCAGCGUUAAGAUAGGUGUGUGAGGUGACACGGGGGAUCAUGGGAGAUGGAGGACUCCUGCAGAGCGAGGGAAACGCCCUCCUCAAAGCCGUCUUCCAGGGGAAACUGAGGCUAACCCGCCUGUUGCUGGAGGGUGGAGCCUACAUCAAUGAGGGCAACGAGCGUGGAGAGACCCCCAUCUCUGCCGCCUGUCUGGCGAGCUACGACGACCCGCAGACCCGGCAGAGGAUGGUGCGGUACCUGCUGGAGAAAGGCGCCGACCCAAACAUCCCGGAUAAGAGUGGACGGACAGCACUGAUGCACGCAUGUGCGGAGCAGGCGGGGAAGGAGGUGGUGACGCUGCUGCUGGAGAACGGCGCUGACCCCAGCCUCAAAGACUACUCUGGCUCCUCCGCCCUCGUUCAUGCUAUCAACAAGGAUGACCGCGAGACCCUGCAGGUCCUGCUGGACGCCUGCAAGGCCAAAGGCAAGGAAGUUAUCAUCAUCACCACUGACACAUCUCCAUUAGGAACAAAGAAGACCAAGCAGUACCUCAACUCCCCCCCCUCCCCAGCCAUUGUGGACAAGCUGUCUCCGGCCUGUAUGUCUCCUUCUGAGGUGGAGAUUGGCACCUCCUCGCCAGCAGGAUGCCAGAGUGAGGAAGGGAUCUUCAGCUUCGCCCUCACCUCAGCUUUACCUUUGCCGUCAGCUCGACCUCCAGGUGAGAAGAGACCACCGCCUCGGAAGCUGCUGAAGAGGCUGAACUCAGAGCCCUGGGGCCUGGUGGCGCCAUCUGUGCUGAGCAGUGUAUCUCAGGACCUGGUAGACAGAGGUCUAGAGAAGGAGAUUAAUGGCCUGUCCAUCACAGAACCAGUCAGACCUCUGUUGUCACGGCGACACAGCAUCGAGACCCAUGACCCUUGCUCCCCCAAACUCAUCGACCGGUCCAGCUCCGAGGACUGCGCAGUCCUCUCUGGUUCCUGGGCUGACAAUGUCCAACAGCACCAGAUCUUGUAUCGUAGGAACACUGCCCCAGAGUCCCAGGAGAAUCCCACGGGACCUGGAGCAGUUCUAGCCCGGGCCCUGGUUUACCCCAAACUGACCCGGAUGGAGCACUACGAGUCAGACACUCACCUCUGCCCAGAGUCCAUCCCCGGAUCUCCAGACUCUGGUCGGCUCUCUGUGGAAAGGAGGAGGUACAAUGCCUCCCCCCUGUCCCUGGUCACCAGCUCCUCCAGGGAGUCGCUGGAGAACAUUCCCAACUCUGUGUCCCCCAUCACCAUGCGGCGACGUCCCCCGGGUCUCCUGGAACGAAGGGGGUCUGGGACUCUCCUGCUGGACCACAUCUCCCACACCAGACCUGGCUUCCUCCCUCCACUCAACAUCAACCCCCAGAGACCCAUCCCCGACAUCCGUGCCAAUGGCAAGCCCACCUCCCCAGUUCACUCUGGACACAAGAUCCUGGUGCCGGUGGCCCCGGCCUCGCCCAAACGGGGCCUGGACUUCAAGAUGAAGAAGAAACUGACGAGGAGACACUCGAUGCAGACGGAGCAGAUGAAGCAGCUCUCCACUUUCCAGGAGAUCCUGGCUGAGAAAGUUGUUGAGUCCAGUGGCGAUUGAUGACGGGACGCUUCAGAGCGAGGCAUGAUGGGUAGCUGCAGAGACGUUACUGUGGAGCUCACUGGUGACACUUUUGGAGAGUGUCCAACCCUGCACCUACAGGAUUUCACUCAACUUAGAAAAGGGUUCAGUCCGUUCAGUUAAACCAAAUUUAAAUUUGAGCCUCAAUUUGAAACUGGAACUUUCACCUGAGUGUGAGGUUCACAUCAGUUUAUUUCAUGUUUUGAACUCAUGGUGCGUUCACACCAUUACUCGCGCGAGUAAAAAUGUUUGAUCGCUGGAACAUUUGUGCUUAUUUGUGUCGUUUGCACAAAUAACGCAUAUAUUUGCCCGUUGUUCCUUCCACCUUCUCUCACAAACCUCCUCUAAACGAACAAAGACAGACACACACAUGAUCUGUUGAAGGAAAAGAAAGCAGAGUGUUAGUUGUGCUAACUGGGGCAAAAGCUUGUCUCCGGCUUCCUGGUUCACUUCCUGCCCUCUCCUUCGUUCUGCUCACACACAGCGACAGUAGUGAUCCUCCGUCAUGACACGACGACAGGACGUCUGACGACAGUGACGGAGGGAGGAUCUCAACGCUCGUUGGCCGUCGUGUCAACGUGUCACACGAAUAUUUCGGUUGAUACGUUUCGCGCUACUCGCACCACUGACGUCAGGUGACGUGAAUUCACGUUUAGUCGCGUCUUUGCAUUGACUGCAUGUAAUCUACUCGCGUCCGGUGUGAACGCACCAUAAGAAUAAAGAAAUCGGGAGAUAACUGGACUUCCUGAAAAUCCAGAACAUGUUUGAGGAUCCAAACUUCAUGAAGUAGACGUCAGCUGUUUUAACAGUUUGAAGUUGCUCAUACACUGCGAUUUUAGAAAGGUUGUUAAAUUCUACGAGUCUCUCGGCCUCUCUUGGUCUGUCUGGUCAUUGUCAAAGAGGAAGAAGUCGCGGUUUGCUUGCUAACAAACGAGAAACACGCUGCCUUGAUCAGAUGUGCCAUUCUGUGCUGAAACCUUCAAAGAACGAGGCAGCGGCGUGAAUGGACACGUUGGUCAUUUGACUGAAAGAACUGGAGGUGAGCGAGUUCCGCUGGAGGCUACUGGCUUGUACGUUGAUCUCUCAACACACGCUGAUCACCGUUGUGUGAAAACCUUCGCUUCCUCUUUUUCUUUCCUGCUGACGAAGCCAAAAUUGGGUCCGACUCUACAAUGAGUGGUGCGUCUCAGAAAUAAAAAGGUUCUGAUUGCACAGUGUAUGACCAGCUUUAGGCCGACUUCCUGUUCAUGUUAGAAUUCAAGGUCUCGUUGAGCACGUUGUCCACGUUGCCACAGAUUGUCCUCUUGGUUGAUCCAGAGUCCAGACGAAAGACCGUCCAGUCGAUUCUGUUCAGGUCCUGAGACCCUGAAAGAAUCCGUCCUCCUUCAAAUCACGUCUCAAAUCAAACCUCGACUGUGACGAAUCACAACCUCAAAAUAAAACUGUCACAGUUUCCUGCUGUAACCGUCAAAUGAAAAGACAAAACGUUUGGAAGCAGCUGACAACGUCCGGACGUGCAGUUGAGUUUAACUCCAGACGAUGAAGACCAGGAGACGCGGUUGAAAACAUUGUUCUUUCAUACAAAAGAACAAAGAAGAAGAAAAUAACGUCAAAAGAAAACUGAUAUUUUGUGAUGUAACAUAAUAUUCCCAGGGUUCGUUUGUUGACUGUCGUCACUUGUUGCAGUUGGUUGUCGGUGAUGCUCUCCUCUCAGUGUCCUGAUGUUCCUCCUCUUUUCUCCACCACGACGACGACGCUCAGACUCAUUCGAUGUUUACAGAUGUUCACAGCUGUUUACAGCUGUUUAGAGUUGUUCACAGAUGUUUACAGAUGUUCACAGUUGUUUACAGAUGUUCACAGAUGUUUACAGAUGUUCACAGCUGUUUAGACUUGUUCACAGAUGUUUACAGAUUUUCACAGUUGUUUACAGAUGUUCACAUAUCUUCACAGCUGUUUAGAGUUGUUCACAGAUGUUCACAGAUGUUUACAGCUGUUUAGAGUUGUUCACAGAUGUUUACAGAUGUUCACAGUUGUUUACAGAUGUUCACAGCUGUUUAGAGAUGUUCACAGAUGUUCACAGAUGUUUACAGCUGUUUAGAGUUGUUCACAGAUGUUUACAGAUGUUCACAGUUGUUUACAGAUGUUCACAGCUGUUUAGAGAUGUUCACAGAUGUUCACAGUUGUUUACAGUUGUUUACAGAUGUUUACAGUUGAUAACAGUUGUUUACAGAUGUUCACAGCUGUUCACAGAUGUUUAGGUGUUUACAGUUGUUUACAGUUGCACUACUUGCACCAAGGUCGUGUCCACUUCUCAUGAACCUUCUGCUGGAGCUACUGACUACUACUGAGUUACUGACUCAAAGUGAUUGAUAUUUGUGUCAAUUGAUCUUUAUUUUACACAACACUGAGGCAGCACUUUGAUCUGUGGCGACAUGAAGGGAAAUGAACUGGAACUUUAUUGUUUAAGAAAUUCCAAAGACGUGGCGUGAACUGUAAAUACUAGAACUGGACUCUAACGUCAGUCCGACACCGGCAAAACUGGUCAAAACUGAGGAGGUUUCACACCUGACGACAAGGACAAACAUCAGGAUUAUUUUUAUCAGGAAGAACGCUUCAGGCAGAGCGAGGCUGCAAUUGUCAGCCGCCGCGACAUCGUCCUGUUGCUUCAACAGACAACACUGAAGGACACAGCAGAUUGUCCAUUUCCUCAACGUCCAGGCAAGGGGGUGGAGCCUGGGUGGAGCACGCAGGGGGCGGGGCAUGACGUAUAAAUUCAACUGCGUAAAGCAAAGUGUUUUUUUUACAGCACAUCCAAGAUGGCGGAAGAAAAAGCAUUUGAACACAUUCCCAUCCUAAAUGAUGCGUAUCGAGUCAUUCGGUCCCCUGAGAGCUUCAUCUGCGGAGAAUGUCCAAGUGAGAUAAUGUGGGAGAAUUCAGGACGAGCGACUGGACUUUUUGGUGACACUUCUAACAUGUGACUGCCGCAAAACUGUAAUGUUACAAAUAUGUCUGGAUGAAAAAGAGGUGUCAUACACAUAGAACACAAACACUAUGAGAUUCAAGAGCCUUCUCAAACAAAGUAUCAGAAGUCAUACGUCAUGUCCCACCUCCUGCAGGCUCCGCCCCCUCACCUGAACGCUUCGCAAAUGUUCCCGUUGGUGUGAACACGUCCGACCCGGACAAUCUCCAUCUGAAACAUUUGUUGAUCCAUAAUGCAGCAGCAAAGAGCAGCACCAGGACCCACCCUCGUCUGGACUGGAUCAGACCGGUCGGUUCAGACGCUUGAAGCCGGACCUUGUUGGUUGUUGUCGUUAGAUACUUGAAGUUUGAACUAAAACAAAGUAUUUUUGUAUAAACGUGUGAAUGAAACGUCUCUAAUGAAUCUGUGAUCUAUUUUUCUUCUUUCACUUUGGUUGUAACUCAGAAUAAAGACUUGUUUCAUCAAACGGUCA